GCACCGAUGGAACCAGAUGAGAAAGGCGAGAGGCGAGCCCCUCCGGUUGCGCGUCAGCAUCGCCUCAAAUAGAAAUCCGCCGCUGUCACUUGUGUUCCACAUACUGAGAGACGGACGACUGUUACCCCGAAACAGCAAUUUAAGGCCCCCACCCAUGACAUGCAGCUGUUUUAUUCAUGUGAUGUCAAAGAAGAAGAGUGAGCGCAGGUUGUGAAGGAGGCUGGAGGUUCUUUUUUUAAAUUUUUUAUUUAUUUUUUUUUUAUUUUGCAAAGAAUGAUAGUGAGGACCAAGGCGCGCUGUCCCAGGAGAACUCAUCUGAAGAGCUGGCUGUGAGAGACGAGGAUGCUCCUCUAACGAACCGGGAGGCGAUGUGUGGUGUGGCGUGUCAGCGCUUCAUCUUCUGUUGGAGGUCUCCUCGCACAUGCAGAUGCGCGCAUAGACAUGCACCCGUAAAACGCACACUCUGAGCAAGACAUACCCGCCCUCUUCCUUAUAGAGGUCUUCCUGAGCAGACGGUCUGUGUGGCAGAGUUUGAGACUGUGGAGUUAAAAUGAGUGAGAGUGUCAUGGACGAGAACGAAGACAACGGUUACGGGGAUCCUCCCUACAAAAACCUGUUGCUCCUCGGGGCCAUCGCCGCAGCAUCCGCCUUCGUGGUCACCAUCCUCAUCGUCCUCGUCUGCGUGGGCUGUCAAAGAAAAAGCAAGAGCAAGCACCCUCCAGCAGGAGAGAAAGGGACGUCUGUAAAUAUGCAGGGUACACUUCGGCAUCCUAACCUCAACUCCAUGAGCAAAUCUGACACCAGGCUGCAUGAGAUUAACCGCUUUCCCUGCAAUGGAAACUCUGUUAGUAAGAGCCGUCCAGCCAGUAUGGACCUCCUGCUCCUCCACAGUCGACGCUCCCAGACGGACCUGAGGCCUUCCCAUGGGCGCCAGCUUCCCCAGAUCCCUGACGAUCCCCAGGGAUCUGGUCAGGGAGGUGGAGGGGAAAUAGGAGGAGAUGGAGGAGGGGGAGUAGUAGGCGGAGGGGAAAUCAGAGACCACACCUACACAGAGGUGGGCAUACGAAACAACCCCACCCCUACCCACCACCUGGACGAUGGCCUGUAUGAGAGCGUCGGUGUCCGAGAAGGGGAUGCUGCCCCUAAGGUGCCCUCCUCCUCGCCUCCUACGUCAUCUAACACUCCAUCUACAAUCAGAGCCGCUCAAAGCCCCCCAGCUCAGGCCAAUGGAGCCCGUGGUGGAAACGGGCUUGGAAAUAAUGGGAGAGGGAACGGCAGAGGAAAUGGCACCAUUAAUGGGCCGAUGGCAGGGAGAGGUAAUGGGCCAAAUGGGGUCAAUAGAUCCCCGCUUUCUUCCGUCAACUCCCUGGCCAUCCAAGAUCCAGGAGGAGCAGAGUACGCCUCUAUACGGAAGUUCAGAAAGGUUGACAAGACAAACAGGAAGGAAAAUAACGGGGCCGACAGUCAGUCAGACAGCCAGUCAAGCGUGAGUGAUUCACCCUCGGCUCCUCCGCUCCAUCGCAGUCAAGAGUUUCCACGCAAGCCGUUGGAGCCGUUUCACCUACACUCCUUCCCAAAGGAGGCAGUUUUCAUGGGCAAUGGGGAGCAGUACAUCUGGAAGCCUCCGGAGGAUGAUGAUAUUAUCACCUUACACCCACCUCCGCUCCGUGGAGAGAACGGACAGGGGCACCCAUCACCCCCAACUGCAAAGGAGGUAAUUGCAGACACUUACUCCAUUGUGUGUAAAACUCAGAAGAAGAAACCUCCCAUGGAAAACAACGGAGCAAAAACCCUCCCACGCUCAUUUGGUGGGGAUAAGGGCAAAGGCAGAGGCAGAGGGGUUCAGGGUCCAACCCGGUCUCAGGAGGAACCUUGCUAUGAACCGGUAGGGGACAGGUCCUGGUCCACAUGUGCGGUCCCCGAAUCAGACCCCGCAUACGCGACUAUCGACAGCCACCGGAAACGUGAGCAGCCAGGUACCAAUAACAGCACAGUUGGGGGUAAUGCCACUUUGAAGAGGAAGAAGCAGGCGCAGCAACCGCAACCACAACCGCAGCAGGCAGCACCAGCAGCACCUCAAGGCUCAGGACCCAGCACACUGCCCGCUAGAGGCCUGCCUGGUGGGGAACACUUCUAUGAGACCAUCAGCGACGUGAAACAAGGGGCCAGUAGCUCCAGCACCACCACCAUCUUCACCUUUAAUGACGGGAUGGAGAUGUAUGUUACCGGCCUGUAGCUGGCUGACAAGAAGGCGGAGUCCAGGGUCCACUGGUACAGAGUCACGUAAGGGACCUCUCUGUUCACUGGCCACCAGGUCGCUGUACAUAGAUACAAGACCCUCAACAGACAAACAACAUGAAGAUCCAUUUUGUGUUGACAUCAGGUACAAACAGGGUCUCAAUCCAGGUUCAGACUUCCCUUGUUUGGUCUGUAUUUCAGAACCAGCCUAAGCCUAGUCCAGCCCAAAUGUGGACCAAAUAUGUUUUAAGAAAAAAAAAAAAAAAAAAAAGAAC